AUGGCGGCCUGCAGCGGGCUGCGGUUGUUGGGGUUCGCCGCUUUGUUGCUGUUGUUGCUGCCGGUGGCGGUGGCCCACGGCGAGGCGGAGCGACGUUGCUUUUGCCAGUUUAUCCAGGUUACUGGUCACUUAGAUGACUGCACAUGUGAUGUAGAAACCAUUGAUGCCUUCAACAACUACAAGCUUUUUCCUAGACUGAAUGCGCUUCUGGAAAGUGACUACUUUAGAUACUACAAGGUAAACCUACAGAAGCCAUGUCCUUUUUGGAAUGACAGCAGUCACUGUGGAAUAAGAGACUGUGCUGUACAGCCCUGCCCUUCUGAGGAAGUUCCUGAUGGAAUCAGAUCUGGAAGUUACAAGUAUUCAGAAGAAGCCAACAACCUUGCUGAAGAAUGUGAAGAGGCCGAAAGACUUGGAGCUGUUGAUGGCUCUUUGAGCAAGGAAACCCAGGAGGCAGUGCUGCAGUGGACACAGCAUGAUGACUCUUCAGACAGCUUCUGCGAAGCUGAUGACAUCUAUUCCCCUGAUGCUGAGUACGUGGAUCUGCUCCUGAAUCCUGAGCGCUACACUGGCUACAAAGGACCUGAUGCCUGGAAGAUCUGGAACAGUAUUUAUGAAGAAAACUGCUUCAAGCCUCAGAAUGUAAAAAGACCUUUGGCAUCUGGUAGAGGAGAUGAUGAAGGGCAUGCAUUUUACAAGUGGCUGAAAGGUGUCUGUGUAGAGAAGCGAGCUUUCUACAGACUCAUUUCUGGUCUCCAUGCCAGCAUCAACAUCCACCUGAGUGCCAGGUACCUUUUGCAAGAUACAUGGUCAGAGAAGAAAUGGGGCCCAAAUGUUACAGAGUUCCAGCAGAGAUUUGAUGAAGUCAUCACCAGAGGGGAAGGUCCCAGAAGACUGAAGAACCUGUAUUUUCUGUACCUGAUAGAGCUGAGGGCCCUCUCCAAAGUGCUGCCCUUCUUUGAGCGCUCAGGAUUCCAGCUCUACACAGGGAAUCCAAGUCAUGAUGAGGAAGUGAAGAACCAGUUGCUGGAAAUACUCCAUCUGGCCAAGUCUUUCCCACUGCACUUUGAUGAGAACUCCUUCUUUGCAGGGAAUCCAAAGGAAGCUGCAAAACUCAAGGAGGAAUUCAGGCUGCACUUCAAGAAUAUUUCUAAGAUUAUGGACUGCGUUGGCUGCUUCAAAUGUCGCCUGUGGGGGAAGCUGCAGACACAGGGCCUGGGUACAGUGCUGAAGAUCCUCUUCUCUGAAAACCUGAUAGAGAAGAUUCCUGAGAGUGGUCCUUCCCAUGGAUUCCAGCUGAGCAGACAAGAAAUUGUGGCCUUAUUUAAUGCUUUUGGAAGGAUCUCAACGAGCGUCAGAGAAUUGGAAAACUUCAGAAAUAUCUUAAGAAAUAUGAGAUGAAUUCACUGGGGAAAGAGAGACCCGAGACAUUCUUCUUGCUUGGCUGUUCUGGACUGAAAAUGAAUGAAUACCUUCCUUUCCUCACAUUCCCAGCACCACAGGGUGAAGACCACUUGCUGGACCUCUUCUUCCCAGCUGAUUGUUUGUGACCUGCUGAUGAGAAAUAUUUUGUACAAGAAGGAAAAGAAAAAAGCUACUUUUUAUUUUGUAUGAAAAGUUUAUUUAUAGAUUGGAAGAUCAUUCUGAGUAAGAUCUUUGACUCCUGCUGUACUCUGGUGGACUAGACCCAUCUCUUUGCCUUCAGAAGCUGGA